GACCAGUGAGUGCGCUAGGGGAAAAAAUACCUUCUCGAUCGUUGCCAAGCCAUCAUUUAGUAGCAAUAGGAGCUGCAGCAGUGUAGUUAUACAACAUCACGAUGGUGGUUGCGUUUCAGAUCGUUUUUGUUUCGGCAGUUUUCUAUGGGGCUCUGCAUGCCGCCCCUACGGUCACAUACGACCAGAGACAACAGGGCGAAUUCAAUGUACAAGUGGAUGUGGACGAUGUCKCCAUAAUAUUGUUACCGAGCGAUGAGCUCGCCCAGAGAUCUAUACUGCAAGGCAAUAAGGUACAACAUAUAUUAUUCGGGCGCCACAACGGGGUAAAAUCGAAAAAAAAACAUCACAAGAAACCGGCGAACUGCACGAUGGCAACAGCAAGCCCGGAAGUACACUACAGCAGUGAAUUGCCGCCAACAAACGUUCCGACGUCAUCACAGGGAUACGAAGAACUGUCGUCAACGUCGUCUUCAAGCCAAGACAAAUUAAAGGACGUGGUACCCGUGGCUGCUGCAGCGCCUGUGUUUGAGCAAGUUAACGUUCCGUCCGAUAUUGAUGGUCAAAAAACCAUCGUGAGUCAUGACCGUAAUCCUGAAGAUACGCCGCCGAAUGCAGCACUGCAGGAUACGUUUGAGAAAAAUGUUGAUUCGACGGAAACUGCAGAAGACGGUGUCGCGGUAGACUCUUCUGAAAUGGUGGCUGUAAAAACUGUAGAAAACCCCGCUGCAGUAGUCGAACCCAAUAAUAUCACAGAAAUGAAUGCAAUUCAAACAGUAGAAAAAUCUGCAGACGCGACAACCUCGCAGGCGUCAGAGUUUGUGAACGAUUCGAAGACUGACGUAAAGACAGUGGAGAUCCUUUCUACGAAUUUCRAARAAAAGCCCGUAAGCAUUUCAUCCAAUGUAAAAACAGUAGAAAAAAUUACCAACGACAAGACUAUUAAAUUCAACGAAACCCCUGAAAAAAACACGAACACUGAAGGUAAAUCAAACGAAAUAACCACCGUAAAAAUAGUAGAAACUGUGGAGAUCGGGGAAGUUAAACCCACCGAGAUGAUCGUCAUAAAAACUAUAGAAAAACCCACGAACAUUGUGAUACACGAGGAAUUAGUUGACAAGUCAGCAGUGGACGCAUCGCGCGUAAAUGUUUUGGACACGCAAGUAAAUACGAAAACAACAAACGAACCAACUGAAAUGAUCGCCAUGAAAACUGUCGAAAAACCAACCUUUUCCGAAGUCUUAAAAGUCGUAAAAAAACCUAUAGAAGCGACUGAUACAGUAAAGGCUUCAGAUACGACGACGACGACGGUAAAUUUGAGCAAAAGUCCUACAGAAAUGGUCGCUAUGAAAACAAUGGAAACCCCGCAGAUAACAGGAGGGCCAACAGAUAACUUAGAAAAGUCUGGAAUUACAACGAGUACGAAGUCGGUGGAGAUACAAGAAGGCACAAAAAAGCAGAGCAUACCUUCGGUCGAAAAUAUUGUCUCAAGGUCGGCACCAAAACAGUCCGAAAUGGUCGCUGYGAAGACUGUAGAAAAUUCGACGACAGUAAAAAGUGUAAUUUCCAUGAAAACUGUGGUCAAACCUGAAAUUCAAAAGUCUGCAAUUUCGUCAAACAGUUCCUUGAUCAUGCGUAAGGUAGGCGAUCGUAAGCCGUUACCUACAAUCACGUUAGAAGUGGCAACUCCAAAAGUACUAUAAGUAAAAUGCUUGUUGAUAAUAUUGUAAGAUUUUAAAUACAUUUAAGAUGUUUUUUGACAUUUUAAAAUAACGUUUUAAUAU